AUGGCGGCCGAAGCUGCACCUGUGGCCGCAACGGCGACUGCGACAGAUCCUAGCACGGCACACUCCGCAGAGCAGACAAGUCCGAAUGGAGUCGUCAGCAAUGGCGUCAUCCACGACGAGGAAGCAGCGUCGGCGGCCGCGGUGAUGGAUGAAGGUGAGAGAGGCAAUGUGGCACUCUUGCCGCUCUGCACCGCUCCACAUCGACUCUGACUGAUUUGCUUGCGCGCACACCCUCAGAUGCACAACCCUUCGAAGUCGCCUUACGCCUUCCGGCUAGACCUUUGCUGCCAGCGAAUGCUGCGGCAGAAGGGUUGCCCGAAGUCCCUAGCCCCCUGAGGGUAGCAGUGACGGCGCAGGAAACGCUCAAUGACCUUCGUCUUACCAUCACCGACAGUCCCGAAGGCUACUGGCUGGGUGCCUUCUGCUUCAGAAGGCCCGCAAAUGCUCAGACCAAGGCGAACGGCAAAGUCUCAGGUGACGACGCUGAAGCAAAGUUGGGAGAAAGGCUGGGCGAAUGGAUAGAGAUGAAGGAAAUCUUCAGGGACGUGCCCAAGGAGGAUCGUGAGCUGUACGUCGCUCAUGGUGAGUAGCGUGCGCCUCACAUCGAUUGUAUGCUAUGCCCUGCCCUGUAGCUCAAAGUCUACGCCCUCCUUCGUGUCAGUCCCCUUCAACGAGGCGGAUGCGAGAGCACACGUGCAGCGGCUCAGAGAGCUACUCUCGAGCGGCCAGGCGGAUCCCACAUCGCUCGGCCUCGAUGGCGGGAUCAGCGUUCAAGACUCAAUUAGGAACCCACAACUCUGGCUGGACGAGGCAGCUUCGAGCGCGCCCGUCGCAAAGAGCAAGGGAAACAAGCAGCAACAAGCAGCCGCAGCGAGCGCAGCCGCAGCAGAGGCCCAAGCUAGAGAGGCUCUCACCAGGACGCCAUUCUUGGAUGGUGCGGUGGAUGCGACUGUGGGAGCAUUGACCAGCUUGAUGCCGGUCCAAGCUCGUGCUGCGAGGGCAUUUCCUACUUGCUUGAAGAGCCUGGCUGUCUCGCAUUGGAGUCCGCCCCCUCACCAUCUCCGCGUGCAGCAGGGUCAUCUCCUCUAUCUGCAGGUCGACACGCUAGAGGGCGAAAAGCUGUUCAUCACCUCCACCACGCAAGGUUUCUACAUUAACCGCAGCACAUCAUUCACUUUUGAUCCCAGCCCUCGAGAGGAGCAUUUUGCCUCUGCAAGCCUUUUUGACGUCCUCUGCGGCUUCUCCAAAAGCUUCCUCAGCAACUUUUCGAAGCUCUUCAAGGACCCCGUCUCGCAGAGAGACUACUUCGCCGUCGUGCCCUUGAGCAACUGCCUACCUGCCCACCCUUGGCUUGCCAGAUCCAAUCCGCACCAUGCUGAUCUGCUGCGAAGCCAAGCUGCGUACCUUCUCACUGGUGCCGUCUCUGCCGACACCCUCGAUGGCACGCGCGACUGGAACGACGAGCUGCAGAGCACAAGGGAAUUGCCGCGCGCCACGCUCUCCGAACGCCUAGUCCGCGAUCGCGUGCUGAACCGCGCGUAUGCCGAGUUCACCCUCGCUGCCGUCAAAGCUGUGCCGCGCGUGGCGCUCGGAGAGGUGCAAGCUAUGAACCCGAUGGACAAGCCGGAUGCGAGAAUGUACCUGCACAACAAUCUCUUCCUCUCCAAGGGCGCUGAUGGUGUCGAUAUCUACACCCACCUCGGAGGUGACGAAGCUGCGCACGUGGCCGUCAGCAAGGACCUUGCGGGGAUCCGAGCGCUCAACCAGCUGGACCUCGAUGGACUUUGCCUGCUCGGCACUGUCGUCGUCGAUUGGAAGGGCGAGAGAUGGGUCGCUCAAAGCGUCGUGCCUGGCUUGUUCCGAAGAAGAGAUGACGACGAAGCUUUACUCGCAGAGGGUCAAGAGUCUGGCACCGCCCCCCCGCCUGCACCAAAAGCAACUUCAGACUCCUCCAAGCCCGCCUCGGCUUCCCGAAUUGACCCCAAAGAAGAUACGCAGGUAGUGUACGGCGGCGUCGAGGGACCGGAAAUCAUUCGCACCGACCCCGUCUUUCACAAAGUCUUCGGCAAGAUUGCCCGCACGCUUCAUCUGGCUGAGCACAAGGUGCCGGACGCGGAGCAGCAGUCAAAGAGCCUGUGGUUGAGCGUCGACUCAAAGGGCCUUCGAGGCGCCGAUGGUCGCAAAUAUGCGCUCGAUCUGGCUCGCUUGAGCCCACUCGACGUCGAGUGGCUCGAGCGCGACUAUGAAGGCGCUGUAAUUGCCGACGACGCUGCAGAGAUCGAUGGAGCGACUCAGACCUACCCUCAUCGCAUGACUCUCCUUAGGCAAGAGUUGCUGGAAGUCUUUUACCACAGCGAGUUCCGCAAGUGGGCCAAGGAACAGGUCGCGGCGCGUGGCGACAGCGAAGACAAGUCAUCGACCGAAGAGACGGAUGCUGCGCCUCAGAUCGACGCUUCCGAAUUCAAGCUGGCAUUCAAUCCAGACGCGUUCGUCGAGUUCAAGCUGCCUGAGACUGAGGGGGCGGCGAAAGUGGAAGCUCCGUCCGCGGCAGACGGCUCCGUGCAGACGCUCAUUACCGAUGAGUCGGAAGCUAGCGUGGCUGCCGUACGGGCGGCCAGUAGAUACCUUCGCGAUACUGCCAUACCACGUCUCGUCACGGACGUGGCCAGCGGUCUCUACGCUGCGCAAGACGGCACCACGCUCACGAGGCAGAUGCACAGCAGAGGUAUCAAUGUUCGAUAUCUCGGCUACGUGGCACACCUUUGUCACCCUACGCAGAGAAACAGGCUGGAUCAGUCGCUGCUCUCCAAGGCUGGACCUGGCCACGAAGGCUUUUUGAAGGCGUUUGCGUCGAUCGUGACGCAGGAGAUGGUCGUUCGAGGUGCUAAGCGCGUGCUUCGGGCCCUCCUCAAGCCCCUCCCAGCAGACCAGGCACCCUCGGCCAUCUCUCACUUUCUGAACUGCUUGCUGGGUGCUGCUCUCGAAUCAAAUCCUCGGGCCGUGUGGCAAAAGUCGCCCUUUCAUGUUGCGGCGGACGCUCCGCCCGCUUGGCUCGAAAUCACUUCUCACUCUGUGGUCGCGGAUGUCCGCGCCGAAGUUCGUCGACGGUACAGGUACGAGCUAGCGGCUAACUUUUUCGAAGCGAACUUCAGAAAAGGUCAGGCGCUGCGCGAGCUAUCUCAGCGUUGCGGGUUCCAGCUCAAGUUGCAAGAGUAUAACUUUGAGCGUGCAGACAAGCCGCUCGUGAAUGGUCAUGCGAAUGGCGCGUCGGAAGAUUCUCAGACCGAGGCGGUGACGUCUCCCGCUGCGACAGGAUCGGCUCCAUCGGGCAAAAAGAAGAAAAAGGGAACAUUGCCUGAGACUCAAGUCGUGCCUGGCUUCACACCGGCUCGACGAGGUCCCAAACUCACGACCUUUGAGCCAGAAGACAUUUUGCACCUCUUGCCCGUCGUCAAGGACUCGACGCCAAAAAGCGUCCUCGCAGAGGAAGCCUUUGAAGCUGGUCGCGUGUCCAUCAGUAGAGGCGAUAUCAACCUCGGAGUGGACCUGCUCAUCGAGGGUAUCGGAUUCCACGAGCAAGUCUACGGCUUGGUGCACCCCGAGGUUGCCCGCUGCUACUCGCUUUUCGCAACGAUUGUGCACCACUUUGCCAGCUUGCAGGCAGUCGAGCAUGACCAGCGCGUCAGGCAAGCCGUCGCAGAGGGCAAAGAGGCGCCUGCUGCGCCAGAGACCAACGAGCAUCUGACGUUGGAGAAUGCGGUGAGGUAUCAACGACAGGCAGUCACGCUCAGCGAACGCACCUUGGGAUUGGAUCACCCCGAGACGCUGACGCACUGGCAAAAUCUGUCGGUGUUGGAGCGAGCAGAGGGCAAUACGGAAGCUUCGCUGAGAUGCCAGCAGCGCGUCUUGGAGCUGUACAAUUUGGUCUAUGGUCCGAAUCACCCGGACACGGUCAACGUCCUCAACAACAUCGCCAUGACGCUUCAGGCUGCCAGGCUGUUCGAACCCUCCCUCAAAAUUUAUACGGCAGCGCACGAGCUGGCGCUGAAGCUGCACGGAAGCGAGUCCAUACACACUGCCAAUUUGGCUCACGAGCUCAGCCAAGCCUACACGCUCUGCGGAGACCUGAAGAAUGCUCUCAACGUGGAGAAGGAAGCGUGUCGAGUGUUCGAAGCUAGGCUGGGCAAGGAAGAUAGUCAGACGAAGGAGUCGGAGCAAUUCUUGCAGAGCUUGACCACAUCUGCUGUGCGUUUUGCCAAGAUGGAAAAGGAGCGAGAGGCGGCCGCCCUAUCGUCUGGACGAGGAGCGGUCAGAAGAGGCAAUGCUUUGGGUGGAUCUCUGCUUGCGAAUGGAGCCUCGCGCCAAGCGACGGUUGCGGGCGGAUCGGCCCAGAGACUGUCAACAAACAGCGUGGUGAAUGCAGCGGCGGGUGCACCGCCCAGUACGGCUCCGUCCGGCGCUGUGCCUUCUACGAGCAGCAUCGACGAUAUAGUCGCUUUCAUUCAAGGGGGGUCAAGUAGCGCCAAGGGCAAGGCAAAGUCCACAGGGGGCGCGAUGAAGAGGAACCGGAAAUAG